GGAGCUAACCACUGUGCUGGUGGUCUGGAAAUGAAACUCCACAAUGACUGGAAACCAGUGGAUGACCUUUCUUUUGACUGGAACCUGAGAACAUCAGCUGCAUUGUGUAGACAGUUGGACUGUGGAUCUGCUGUUUCUUCAAAAAUCAACAGCGGUUUCUCAACCAAACUUGUGUGGAAAAUAGACACUUCCAGUGUUUGGUCUGAUUCUGCACCGACAGAGUAUGUAUCAGAGAAACCCCACUACUCUUUUACCAGUGUGGAGAUCAUCUGCUCAGAGUCUGUCAGGCUGGUGAAUGGGACUACUCUGUGCUCAGGCAGAGUGGAGGUCAGAGCUGACCAGUCGUGGUCCACAGUGUGUGAAGGUGAUUUUGACUGGCAGGAUGCAGAGGUGGUCUGUAGAGAGCUUGGCUGUGGGGCUCCUUUAAAACUCCAGAGGGCGCUAUAUGAAAACAUACAGGCUCUUGAGUGGUCAAAAGAGUUCCGCUGCAGAGAAAAUGAGUCAACUCUGCUGGACUGUGACAGCUACGAGUCAGCUAGAAACACCUGUUCACCUGUAGGACUCACCUGCUCAGAGCCUGAUAAUGUCAGGUUGGUGGGAGGAGGCAGCCGCUGUGCUGGAACACUGGAAAUGAAACUCCAGGGUGACUGGAAACCAGUGGAUGGUGCUGAGGGUCUCCUGAAGGCACUAGCUUCAGUUUGCAGACAGCUGAAAUGUGGCUCUGUGGUUUCAUCCAAAAUUAAGCGCUCUGCACCAAAAUCUGUGUGGGGAGUCAUUUCUUCCAGGGUUAAGUCUGGAUCUGCACUGAGGGAGUAUAUGUCAAUGAGGCCCUGGUGGUCCCAGACCAACCUGGAGGUCGCCUGCUCAGAUCUGCUGUAUCAGCCAAUGAUUUCCAUCUCUCCCUCCAUCGAUUAUGUCCACGUCAGCUGCUCCAUUAAGCCACAAUACCCAGGAGGCUUUUUCCAGCUCAUCGUCUUCACUUCCAGCACAACACACACCUACACUGAGAAAGCUGUCAAUCACACUGCCCACUUUCUGUUUCCUGCUGGAUUCCAUGGCCACCAAGUGAACUACAGCUGUGUUUAUCACAUCUAUGUUUUCUCUCACAACUUCUCCUCGCAGAGCUGGCUGCUCUGUCUCAGUAUCCCAGCCUCUCCAGUAGUUAUUUUCACCAGACUUGGCCUGCUGUUGACUUUGGCAUUGUUUCUCUCUGCCAUUUAUUUCCAUAGAAAGGCCACCAGGGGGCAGAAGCCAGGAGGAAGGGGGAAAAUUAAGCUUGCCUGUUGUUCCCUGGGUGCUGCCAGGGCUGAAGAUGGGCUAAGUGACACGGCAGGUGUCCAGGAAACACAUUUCUGAGACUCAUCUUGCAUCCAAGUGGAUCAUUUAGCUGUUUUUUCUUUUAUCUUUGUCAAAGGAAAUAAAGUUACAGAGCUCUUCCUGUUAAAGUGAGUAACACCAGAUUAUUGAAGAGCAGUGAUGGCAAUCAACUUAGGGCAUUUACUGAAAUGCUGUACAUGUACUUAGGUGCAAUUUUGAGGUGCUUUUAUUGUCUUCAAGUAUUCCCAUUUCAUGCAUCUUUAUACCUCUACUCUGCUGUCCGUCAGAGGGAAAUAUUGUACUUUUUACUCUAACUAAAUGUAUUUUGCAGCUAUAGUUACUAGUUUGUAGUAUCAGAUGUCACAAAAUCUACUCUUUGAUAAUUGGAUAAAAAUGUAUAAUUGAUUUAAAAUAAAAACAGGCUGAAUAUGACAUUCUUACUGCACUGACACACAGUUGUGUAUAAAGACAUUUACUCCAUUUUCUCCAUCCCAACCAACUACAAUAGUAAAAGGCUACUUACUUAAAUAAUGUAAAUAAUGCAUAUAUGCAUUAUAUAAUACUAUCAAAGAAGCCAUUUUUCUGCGUUUCUGCAUGAGUUCUCAACUUUUGAUACAUUUAAGUACAUUUUGCUGAUAAUACUGAUAAACUUCUGAAUACAUGACCUUUACUUGUAACAGAGUACUACAGUAAAGUACCUGCACACUUCUUCCACCACUGUUGAAGAGCAAGUCAGAACAUUUCACUGUAAUGAAUGUUUCUCCUAUCUCCAAGAUUAUAUUGCUUCAUUAUUAUUUACUGGUACAUAUAUUGCAUUUAGUCAGUCAGAGAUCUGAAGAGGACAAAAUUUAAAACUUGUGCAUGUACAUAAUAUGCAGUAGUUGAUUUGCUGCAAGGUUCUGACCACUAACCUGACAACAAUCAUGUUCAGAUGCAAUGUUAAAGCAUGUAUAAGAAUAUAAAUCACAUUUUUAUCUUCUGUGUGAUGGUAUUAAUGAGUCUCCAUUCUAAAUGUAAUAUACUGUAUAGCAGUCUG